UGCAAUUAUAAUGCUUCAAGAAAUUAAAAAAAACAGAGAUUUCUAUGGAUGGUUUAAAAACAAUGUUGAUAUGGCAUCGUUAUUUACCAUAUUAUCUGGUACUAACCUUGAAAUGUUAAAUAUACUUUCUUCUCAAGUUGCUGGUAUAAUGUUAUUCAAUGCUCCUAUAUCAGAAGAAACUCAAUUUUAUAUUUUUUGGGGAAAUUUUAUUGGAUUAUUUAUUGGUGAUAUCCCUCAAUUUAUUAUUCAGGUUUUCUACAUAAAGUUGGUUGUUAAUUAUGAUAUAAUUCCUUUUCUUACUCUAUCAACAAGUUCGAUUAUUUUAGCGAAUAAUAUAAUUUCAAAAAUAUAUCAUGCUAUAGUACAUUUAUAUUCAAAAAAAAGGAAAUCUGUUAUGAUAUUACAAACUGAAAAAAUAUUAUGUAAUGAAAAUUCCAGUAUUACAGUUCCACGAAAGAUAAGAAAAAAUGUUAGAUAUUCAAUGUAAAUAAUAUUUCAAUAAAAUAAUUACAAUAGUAAAUAAUAUACAGUUGGCUCGCGUUAUAACGAAUUUGGUGUCCAUGCUGAUCUGACCUUCGUUAUGGAAAAAUUCGGUAACACUAUAACGGAUUUUUUGACAUCCAUAUAGCAAAAUUCGGAAUAUUGUAUAUCGAAUUUUUAUUAAAAAUUCGUUAAAUAUUUUAA